GGCCCGAGCGGGCUCCAUCACCCAGCCCAGGAGUUUCCUUUGGCUCUGGCGCUGCGAGGAGGAUUUGGGAGAUUUGAGCUGAAGCAGAGCGAGGAUUAAUCAGGAUUAUUGAGAUAUUAGCUGGAAUAUUAACUGGUUUACAGGGGAUGAGGUCCCUAGGGCACAAAUAUCCAUCAGCCCCAAAUUAAAACUCUAAUGAGCUGGAAUAAGGUGUGAGGGUAAACUGAGGCACAGAUUAGAGCCAACCCUCGGCCUCCACGAGCCCCCCGCGGCUUUUCCGAGUUCACUUCGGAGCCGUCGCUCUCGCCCGUUUCGUUUCCUCCUUCGGAGGUUUCGCUUUUCGCUCAAAACCCGAAGGGGAAAUUCCCUCCCCCGAAUUUGCUGCUGCUCGACUUUCAGGCGGCCGCCACUCUCAGCUCGUCACCGCGGCCGCCAGCACGGUCCCCAGCACGGUAAAUCACUUCUGGGGGAAACAGAAGGAUUUUGGGGUCCGCUCCGGGCUGGGUGGUGGGGAUGGGAUUUUGGGUGCUCUGAACCGGCCCAGGCCCCCCCGCGCCGGGUUCUGCUCCUCGGAGACGCUCUGCCGACCCCGAAAAUGAGUUUUUGUGUCUCCAAAUUGCUGCUUUUAAUUGCAGUUUGGGAGGGCUUUUUUUUUGGGACAUAAAAAAAUGUCCUGCAGCUUCUUCCUGGUGACAGCAGUCUGGGGGAAAUGAGAAGGAGUCGAGACCCGAAAAACCCCAGCAGGGGUGGAAUAAAAUCCAUUACAAAAUCUUUCCAGGUUGUUAGGGAGUGACGGCUCCGUGUCGCACUCCAAUUAAUAAUUAAUUGGCGUCUUUAUAGACAACUCUCAGGCAAAACAAAACUUAAAUUAGAGGUGGAGUUGGCUGCCUUGGGGAGGCUGAAAAAUGUUUACUUUUAAAUUUUUAAGGAGUAGAGGAACCCAAAAAGUCAAAAUCAGGGUGAAGUUUCCUCUCGGUGUGGGGCGAGCACUGCAGUUCCCUGAGCUGGGAGCAAACCUUACCAUUGCCUCUGAGCUUUUCCUCGCUCCAGGUGCAUUUCCUUCAGGAUUUCUGCUCUUCUUCCCUCCCCGGGAAUCCACAGCGUCGGAGGCAGCUCCAUCCAACCUUCCAGCCAAACCCCUAAUUUGAGUUAGAGUUUAAAUUUAACGCCGAGCUGAAACUUGCAGCGCUGAGCUGAGCAAACCUGGAGGAGCUGACAGGAAGCCAGGAUGAUUUGCAUGAAGAUCUCACCAACCCUUCACAUCCCCUUUGCAGAUUGUUUGCAGAUUUGUGUCCAGCUUUGGGUUUAUUUAUUAUCUUUUAGCCCGGUAAUAAUUGGUGCAAGAUGGGAAAACUGGGAAGUUUAAUCCAUAAUACAGCUGUUAAAGAGGGGAGAAAUGUGGGGAACACAAUUUUCCUCCAUAAUGGCAAUAUUUGGUUAAUUGAUGCUGGGUGGUGUUUCCUGGGGUAUUUUUGGGAGGAGAAGAGGCUGAGCAGCUCAAAAAAAGGGAAUUGUGUCCCCACCUGUGGACAUCAUUCCUUGGAUGGGUUUGUAGUUGGGAGUUUUUUGCUUUUGUGCCCAAAGAAUUCCAUUAUUUGGUACUGAGUUGGAAAUACAACUUUUUCCAGGUAGAUUUUUUUUUUUACUAAAUGGGAUUUUCAGGUUGUUUGGAGCUCGUGGAAGCUGUGGGGGAGAGGUGGAAAAACCCAGCUUGGCUCCUCUUAGGAAGAACCUCUUCCCUUUUUUUUUUUUUUGUAUAUAUUACGAGAGAACUGGGGAUGCUUCUCUCUGUGCAGUCCCACACACCUGCAGCAGCUGGGAUCUGGAGCCUGCAGCACCUGAUCCUCCCCAUCCCACCAGCUCGGGAUGACCCUGGCAGCUCCUCCAUGCCCGUGGAUAACACCAGUCAUCAGUGGAUGAUUAUUAAUGUGGUAAUUAUUGCUAUUAGCAGGUGGCUGUUCCCUCUGCUGUCCCCUGGAGUGAUGGAGAUGGAGGAGGUGUUCCUGCAGCUCUGGGGGGAGGUGGCCAGGCUGCAGGAGCUGUGCUCGGAGCAGGGGAGGCUCCUCCAGAGGCUGAGGACCAGGAAGGGACCAGUCCUCGACAUCCCGGUGUCGCUGCCUAUCCAGUGCACGGAGGACGUGGUGCCAGGGGACGGGCAAAGGUCACCUGAGAGCGGCCAAAAACACCCAGGGGCUCUGACAUCCUCCACAUCCCCCCUGGAGGGCUCUGCUUGUCCCAUGGAACAUCCCCAGGCCACCAACAGGCUCCCCCCAGGCCCUGGGAAUGGCGUCAGAACCGGAGGAGCCGCAGCUUUUGGCAGCAGCGAGGGGGAGAAGGGAGAUGUGCCCACCUGGAUGAGAACCUGGAUCCUCCCUGUCCCCUGGGAAGGAGGAAGAGCCCCCUGCAGCCCUCGGGAGUUGGAGGCACUAAAUCCAGGGGCUGGGGGCUCCUUCCCAAAUCUUCUGGAUCUCUACAGAGCCCCAGAAGUGCUUGAGAGGGAAGAUGCUCCCAGGGAUGUGGCUCUCCCUGGGGAGGCUCUGGUGGAGAUCCGAGGGCCUGUGAAGACGUGCUGGACUCCAGGCUGGGUGCUGGAGGAGGAGAUGCUCAGGACCGACCCCACCCGUGAAGCUGCUCCAGCCUGUGACCUGUGCCGGGAGAUUUUCCCCUCGGAUGCAGCGGGACACGUGGAAUAUUUGAACCAUGUCUUGGCCCAUCUGGAGUAGGACUUGUAUUCCCAAUGGGAAAUCCAUGGAUUUGCACCACAGGACAGACUCUGCACAUUCCCAAGCUGGACUUGAUGGCCUUGGAGAGCUUUUCCAGCCCUGGGAUUCUGUGGCUGAUGAGGAUUCCGGGAUCCUCCUGCUGGUUUGGACUGGGAGCAGCUGCCACGUCCCCCAUCCUUCUCCAUGUAGAAUGAGCUCCCAGAUUUGGAUUAUCCUGGCUGUGUUUUGGGUUACUCAUCUCUGUGGAUGUUGAAGCCAAUCCUAUCCUGGGGUCUGGAGGUGCAACUCCUGGGAAAAGGGAAUUUCUCAAAAUUUGCCUUUGACACAGUGGAAAUGAAUCCUCCAUAAAUAGUCAGGGAUGUUUGGGAAGACACAUUGGCUUUCUCUGGGAGUUUGGAAGGUUGGGUGGGAGAAUCUCAAGGUUUUUGGGGUCACUAAGUAUUUUAAUUCAUUAACAGUAAUUUGAGAGUUUUA